UGUGUCUGUGCCCAGUGCGAGAUGACGUCAAACAACGUGCAGUUUGAGGAGACCGAAUUCGGUUUGUAUACCGACAAUAAAUCGGGAAUAACAACGGCAGUGCGAAAAUUCACAUGGAAAAACAAGAACAAUGUGAUGCUGCAAGUGAUAACUUAUGGAGCUACCAUUACAUCGCUGAAAGUGCCGGAUAAAACGGGAAAAAUCGACGACGUGGUCAUGGGAUUCGACGACAUGAACGGAUAUCAAGGCAGCGGCAACCAAAACAUCGGAUGCACGGUGGGCCGAGUAGCGAACCGUGUGGGAUACGCGCAGAUUAAUAUCGAUGGGAUCGCCUAUAAUGUUUCUGCUAAUUUGGGGCAGCAUCAGCUCCACGGAGGAUUCAAGGGUUUCGACAAGGUUAAUUGGGAUUAUCAUGUUGAAGGGACAAAAGUAGUUUUGAGUCACUUCUCCCCGGACCGAGACGAAGGAUAUCCAGGAAACUUGAUAGUGAACGUCACCUACGAACUGACCAACGACAAUGAAGUGCUGGUAGACUUCAAAGCCUAUACGACAAAGCCCACUUUUGUAAACCUGACCAACCACUCCUACUUCAAUUUGGCUGGUCAUGCAAGUGGUGAACAAGAACUGUAUAAGCACCAAGUUUGUAUAAACGCCGACCACACUACAGAAGUGGACGAAAAUUCAAUCCCUUCAGGAAAACUGUUGCCAGUUCAAGGAACAAUUUUUGAUCUUCGCGUGCCCAAAACAUUAGGCGAGGUGAUCAAUAAAAUCCCAGGUUACUUGGGGUAUGACCACAACUUUUGUAUCACCAAGGGCACGAAACAAGAAGAUACGUUCUUUGCUUCCGUAACUCAUCCGCCCUCAGGGAGGACUUUGGAGAUUUACAGCAAUCAACCUGGAGUACAGUUUUACACCUCCAAUCAUUUGCCGGAGAAAAAGGAUAGUUUCGAAAAUGGACUUUUAGGGAAAGAUGGUAAGAGGUACUACAAACACGGAGCCUUCUGUUUGGAAACUCAAAACUAUCCAGACGCUGUCAAUCAUAAAAACUUUCCACCAGCAGUUUUGUAUCCUGGAAAGACUUAUCAUCACACAGUAACAUAUAAAUUGUCCGUUAUCAGUUAAUGCAAAUAAAAACCUCGAGAAUUAAUAGA